AAGAUGUUUUCAGUACUUCGUAAUUCAAAUCGAACAAAAAUAUCGUCUAUUUGUAAUUUUCAUUCCGCACGAAUGCAAUGUGUCAAAGAAAAAAGUUUUUCUCGAAAACUAGAAGAUGGUCCGAAUCUAGAAGAUUUUAUUGAUGGAAAUAUCAAAGAAUAUAAUGGCAAAUUAAAGUUAGAGAAAGGGGAUAAUACACGCUUAAGGCUACCACCGUGGCUUAAGAGAGAAAUACCAAUGGGUACAAAUUACAAUAGAAUAAAGUCACAGUUGAGAGAAUUGAGAUUAAGUACUGUGUGUGAAGAAGCACGAUGUCCUAAUAUAGGGGAAUGUUGGGGAGGUGAUAAGCAUGGUACAGCAACAGCCACUAUUAUGUUAAUGGGCGAUACAUGUACUCGUGGUUGUCGUUUUUGUUCUGUAAAAACAUCACGAACACCGUUACCAUUAGAUCCAGAAGAACCAGUACAUACAGCAACUGCAAUAACACAGUGGGGUUUGGAUUAUGUUGUACUUACGUCUGUCGAUAGAGAUGAUUUAGGUGACGGCGGAGCGAGUCACAUUGCAGAAACAGUUAAAGAAAUUAAGAAGAGAAGCAAUAUUUUAGUGGAAUGUUUGGUACCAGAUUUUAGGGGAAAUGAGUAUUGUAUUGCAACAAUUGUCGAGUCUAAUCUUGAUGUUUUUGCUCAUAACAUCGAAACUGUUGAACGUUUAACACCAUUUGUUAGAGAUAGGCGAGCGCAGUAUAGACAAUCGCUGAGUGUGUUGGAAACAGCAAAAAAGCUUAACCCAGAAUUAAUUACGAAAUCAUCGAUAAUGUUGGGGUUAGGCGAAACUGAUGAUGAAAUUGAACAAACUAUGAAGGAUCUGAGAGAUAUAGGUGUAGGUGCUUUAACUCUUGGACAGUAUAUGCAGCCUACAAAGAGACAUUUGAAAGUUAUUGAAUAUGUUACACCAGAGAAGUUUAAAAAAUGGGAAAAUGUGGGUAGUGAAAUGGGAUUCCUAUAUACUGCAAGUGGUCCAUUAGUAAGAUCAUCGUACAGAGCUGGGGAAUUUUUCUUAACGAAUAUUUUAAAGAGACAGAGAGAUAAAAAGACUGAAAAGCAAUGA